GGCCACUUCAUCGAGGUGCAGGUGACGGACGGCGCCCUGUACCGGACCAAGAUCCACUGCUACUUCCUGGACCAGACGCGGGUGGUGCGGCCGCUGCCCGACGAGAAGAACUACCACAUCUUCUACCAGAUGCUCGCGGGACUCACGCAGGAGGAGCGCGCCAAGUUACACCUCGACGGCCACAGCGUGAGGACUCUCCGGUAUCUGAGCGAGGGGGACGUGAGGCAAGACGAGGCUGAGGAUGCUCGCAGGUUCGAGUCGUGGAAGGCGUGUCUGGGCGUCCUGGGCAUCCCCUUCCUGGACGUGGUGCGAGUCCUGGCCGCCGUCCUGCUCCUCGGGAACGUCACCUUCAUCGAGGGCCAGGGGCUCGAGGUCGACAUCCAAGGAGGAAGUCACGAGCUCAAGAGUGUUUCGGCGCUCCUCGGCGUGUCGUCCGCCUCCCUGUACCGCGGCCUCACCACGCGGACGCACAACGUGAGGGGGCAGCUGGUGAAGUCCAUGUGCGACGCGAAUAUGUCCAACAUGACCCGCGACGCCCUGGCCAAGGCGCUCUACUGCCGCACCGUCGCCACCAUCGUCAGGAGAGCCAACUCCCUCAAGCGCCUCGGCUCCACCUCGGGCACCCUCUCCUCCGACAGCAACGAGAGCGUCCACCACCAGGCCGAGGUGGCGUCGCAGCACGCGUCCACCGUCGGCACCGCGGGCUCCAAGGCGUCCAAGUCCAUGAGCGUCCUCAACAACGCCGUGAAGCACGCCACGGACGGAUUCAUCGGGAUCCUGGACAUGUUUGGCUUCGAGGACCCGAAGCCGUCCCACCUGGAGCACCUUUGCAUCAACCUGUGCGCGGAGACGAUGCAGCAUUUCUACAACACACACAUCUUCAAGUCGUCGAUCGAGUCGUGUCGAGAGGAAGGCAUAACGUGCGAGGUGGAGGUCGACUAUGUUGACAACGUGCCUUGCAUCGAUCUUAUUUCCUCGCUGCGCACCGGCCUACUCAGCAUGCUCGACGUGGAGUGCUCCGUGCGGGGGACGCCGGAGAGCUACAUCCAGAAGGUGAAGGUGCAGCACAAGGGCAACCUCAGACUCUUCGAGCCCAAAGCGAACCACAUCCGGUCCUUCGGGAUCCAUCACUUCGCUAACAGAGUCAUCUACGACGCUUCGGAUUUCUUGGACACCAACAAGGACAUCAUAAGUGACGACCUGGUGUGCGUCUUCCACAAGCAGUCUUGCAACUUCGGCUUCGCGACACACCUGUUCGGCUCGGAACUGAAGGCACUGUUUUCGCAGGACCCCGUCCCCAGGGGCGUCUCCUUCAGGAUCAGCCCCACCUCUCACACGGAUCUCCAAAACGGCGACGAACCGGUGUCGACGCUCACGCAGGACUUCCACACGCGCCUCGACAACCUCCUGAGGACGCUGGUGCACGCGAAGCCCCACUUCGUGCGCUGCCUGCGCUCCAACGCCUCCGAAAAGCCCGCCAUGUUUGACCGGGCGACCGUCAUCAAGCAGAUCCGCGCUCUGCAGGUGCUGGAGACGGUGAACCUGAUGGCGGGCGGCUACCCGCACCGCAUGCGCUUCAAGACGUUCAACAUGCGCUACCGACUGCUGGCGCCGUUCAAGAAGCUGCGUCGCGUCGAGGACAAGACGGUGGACGACUGCAAGCUGGUGCUGGAGUACUUCGUGCGGUCGCUCGAGGACGUGAGCAAGUCGUCGACCGUGGCCAUCCAGUGGGCGCUCGGCAAGAGGCAUAUCUUCCUCAGCGAGGGCGCCCGGCAGCAGCUGGAGAUGCUGCGUAUCGAGACUCGGCACCGCGCCGCCACGCUGAUCCAGGCCGUGUGGCGCGGAUGGCACUUCCGGCGCCGCUGGCCCACGCUCAAGCGCAACCUGGAGCUGCGCGCGCGCUCGCGCACCGUCCGCCCGAGACCGCAGCCCAUCGCCGGCACGCCGCCGCCUGACGUCAUGGACCGCUGCGACCAGAAGACCAUCCAGCAGACCUGCUCGCUCUUCGGCCUCGACCUGGAACGGCCGCCGCCUGUGCCGCCGAGCCGCUCGUACACGAUAACAGGAAAUCAUAAGAUGGGUUACCCACAGACGCGUGUCAUGAAAAUGAAUUUCCCAGAGGACGGCGGCGGCGCGGAGACGGUGCUCCUGAAGGGCGAGUCCGUGCUGGUCGUGGGCGCGUCCCCCCGGCGCGGCCACCUGCUGGUCGAGCACCAGGGCCACUCCGUGCACGUGCCCUUCCAGUACAUGGAGCUGAAGCCCUCGGCGCAGCCCGGGGUCAACAUCUAGGCGGCGGCCCGGGAGGAAGCAAGGAAAGGAGGCUGAUGGCGAGAGGAGGAGAAAGGAAGUCAAGAGAGAGAGAGGUUUCAAAGAUAGAAGAAGAAAUGAGGGCUAGAGAAGCAGAUAUGGAAAAAUGCCUUGUUUCUUAAAGGGGGAAAAGAGAUGUUUGUUUACCCGUUUUUUUUUUUCUUCUUUUCUUUUCUUUGCUUUUUUGUCUAAACUUUCAUAAGAAAGGAUUCAUUUGUUCUUCCACGCGUCCCCAUACAAACGAAAGAGAACGAAAGUGGUAGAAGAUAACUGAGACUGAAAACUCGACUACAACCCAAUCCAGACAAAGGAAAGAGAAAACUUUAAGGUGAAGACAUUUUCGCUCGUGGCGGAGACGCAGGAGGCGAAUGCACACAAGUGGCGGUGUUUUCAGAAAGGAAAAUACAUGUAAAGGCGAUGACGUAUAAACAAAGACAGGAAAUGCAAGUGUGUCGCCGAAAGAGUGACUGUUUUCUUUGAUAUUCACUGGUGAACAUGAUUGUGAGAACAUUAUGAUGUUCGUAAAUUACAAGAAAAAAAGUUAAGACGUUUUUAUACCUGAAAGGGAGCAAUUAUAGACUUCAAAGUGUGUAUAUAUAUAUUAUAAUUAUGAUAUUUGUAUGUGCCAAUAUUGUUAGGUAUUUUUAUAAGUUUAUUGAUAUACCUCGUUACUUAUCUAUGUCGUAUUUUUUUCUUUCUUUCUUUUUUUAUCAUAACUACAUCAUCGGAAAUGUAAUGAAUGAGUAUUUGAUAUUCAAGAUACCGCAUUUUGAUCCUUGGUGCUACAUGCUUUUAGAACCAGUGUCGUUUGCUCUCUGGCUUGUUCAUUUCCCGUCUACGUUUUCUUCAUGGAAAGUAUUCACAGUAUUAUCACACAACGUUUCCAGUUCUCCGAACCCUUGGUCUUGUUUGCGUUCGCUUCUCUUGACUUCGGCUUCGUUUACCCUUUCUCUCCCUCUGAUGUUCUGGUGUCCCUGAUUUUAUUGUUACUGUUUCCUUUUGUUCAUAGUUCUUGUGAUCUGUUUUUAGUUUCAUUCAGUUCUUUAGUCUGAGCUUUAAGCUCUCUCUCUCUCUCUCUCUCUCUCUCUCUCUCUCCCUCCCUCUCUCUCUCUCUCUCUCUCUCUCUCUCUCUCUCUCUCU